CCGUGCGCCUCAGAGCCGCAGUUCUCCCGUGAGAGGGCCUUUGCGGUGAGCCAAACACAUUAGCUCAGCAGCGGAAGACUCCGAGUUCUCGGUACUCUUCAGGGAUGAGUCAUGUGGCGGUGGAAAAUGCGCUCGGGCUGGACCAGCAGUUUGCUGGCCUAGACCUGAACUCUUCUGAUAAUCAGAGUGGAGGAAGUACCGCCAGCAAAGGGCGCUAUAUUCCUCCUCACUUAAGGAACAGAGAAGCUACUAAAGGAUUCUAUGAUAAAGACAGUUCAGGGUGGAGUUCUAGUAAAGAUAAGGAUGCAUACAGCAGUUUUGGUUGCCGUAGUGAUUCAAGAGGAAAGUCUAGUUUCUUCAGUGAUCGUGGAAGUGGAUCAAGGGGAAGGUUUGAUGAUCGUGGACGAAGUGACUAUGACAGCAUUGGCAGCCGUGGUGAAAGAGGUGGCUUUGGAAAAUAUGAACGUGGUGGAAAUAGUCGCUGGUGUGACAAAUCAGAUGAAGAUGAUUGGUCAAAACCACUCCCGCCAAGUGAACGCUUGGAACAAGAACUUUUUUCUGGAGGCAACACCGGGAUUAACUUUGAAAAAUACGAUGACAUUCCAGUUGAGGCAACAGGCAACAACUGUCCUCCACACAUUGAAAGUUUCAGUGAUGUUGAGAUGGGAGAAAUUAUUAUGGGAAACAUUGAGCUUACUCGCUACACUCGUCCGACUCCAGUGCAAAAGCAUGCUAUUCCUAUUAUCAAAGAGAAGAGAGACUUGAUGGCUUGUGCCCAAACAGGGUCUGGAAAAACUGCAGCAUUUCUCUUGCCCAUCUUGAGUCAGAUUUAUUCUGAUGGUCCAGGCGAGGCUUUGAGGGCCAUGAAGGAAAAUGGAAGGUAUGGGCGCCGCAAACAAUACCCAAUCUCCUUGGUGUUAGCACCAACUAGAGAAUUGGCUGUACAGAUCUAUGAGGAAGCCAGGAAAUUUUCAUACCGAUCUAGAGUUCGUCCUUGUGUGGUUUAUGGUGGUGCUGAUAUUGGUCAGCAAAUUCGAGACUUAGAACGUGGAUGCCACUUGUUAGUAGCCACUCCAGGACGUCUAGUGGAUAUGAUGGAAAGAGGGAAGAUUGGAUUAGACUUCUGCAAAUACUUGGUGUUAGAUGAAGCUGAUCGGAUGUUGGAUAUGGGGUUUGAGCCUCAAAUACGUAGAAUCGUUGAACAAGAUACUAUGCCACCAAAGGGAGUUCGCCACACUAUGAUGUUUAGUGCUACUUUCCCGAAGGAAAUACAGAUGCUUGCUCGUGAUUUCUUGGAUGAAUAUAUCUUUCUGGCCGUAGGAAGAGUUGGCUCUACCUCUGAGAACAUCACACAGAAAGUAGUCUGGGUGGAAGAGUCAGACAAACGGUCAUUUCUACUUGACCUUCUAAAUGCAACAGGCAAAGAUUCACUGACCUUAGUGUUUGUGGAGACCAAAAAGGGUGCAGAUUCUCUAGAGGAUUUCUUGUACCAUGAAGGAUAUGCCUGUACGAGUAUCCAUGGAGACCGAUCUCAGAGAGAUAGAGAAGAGGCUCUUCACCAGUUCCGCUCAGGAAAAAGCCCGAUUCUAGUGGCUACAGCAGUAGCAGCAAGAGGACUGGACAUUUCAAAUGUGAAACAUGUUAUCAAUUUUGACUUGCCCAGUGAUAUCGAAGAAUAUGUACAUCGUAUUGGCCGUACAGGACGUGUAGGAAACCUUGGCCUUGCCACCUCAUUCUUUAAUGAGAGGAACGUAAAUAUUACCAAGGAUUUGUUGGAUCUUCUUGUUGAAGCUAAACAAGAAGUGCCAUCUUGGUUAGAAAACAUGGCUUAUGAACACCACUACAAGGGUAGCAGUCGUGGACGAUCCAAAAGUAGUAGAUUCAGUGGAGGAUUUGGUGCCAGAGACUAUCGACAGAGUAGUGGUGCCAGCAGUUCCAGCUUCAGCAGCAGCCGCGCCAGCAGCAGCCGCAGUGGUGGAGGCGGCCAUGGCAGCAGCAGAGGGUUUGGUGGAGGUGGCUAUGGAGGCUUUUACAACAGUGAUGGAUAUGGAGGAAAUUAUAACUCCCAGGGGGUUGACUGGUGGGGUAACUGAACCUGCUUUGCAGUAGGUCACCCUGCCAAACAAGCUAAUAUGGAAACCACAUGUAACUUAGCCAGACUAUACCUUGUGUAGCUUCAAGAACUCGCAGUACAUUACCAGCUGUGAUUCUCCACUGAAAUUUUUUUUUUAAGGGAGCUCAAGGUCACAUGAAGAGUUGAAAGGAACAAUCAGCAGCCCUGUUCAGAAGGUGGUUUGAAGACUUCAUUGCUGUAGUUUGGAUUAACUCCCCUCCCAACCCCCAUCCCAAACUGCAUUUAUAAUUUUGUGACUGAGGAUCAUUUGUUUGUUAAUGUACUGUGCCUUUAACUUUAGACAACUUUUUAUUUUGAUGUCCUGUUGGCUCAGUAAUGCUCAAGAUACCAAUUGUUUUGACAAAAUAAAUUUACUGAACUUGGGCUAAAAUCAAACCUUGGCACACAGGUGUGAUACAACUUAACAGGAAUCAUCGAUUCAUCCAUAAAUAUUAUAAGGAAAAAACUUAUGCGGUAGCCUGCAUUAGGGCUUUUUGAUACUUGCAGAUUGGGGGAAAACAAACAACAAACGUCUUGAAGCAUAUUAAUGGAAUUAGUUUCUAAUGUGGCAAACUGUAUUAAGUUAAAGUUCUGAUUUGCUCACUCUAUCCUGGAUAGGUAUUUAGAACCUGAUAGUCUUUAAACAAGCCAUUCCAGUCAUGAUGAGGUGAUGUAUGAAUACAUGCAUACAUUCAAAGCACUGUUUUCAAAGUUAAUGCAAGUAAAUACAGCAAUUCCUCUUUCAAUGUUUAGGCAGAUCAUUAAUUAUGAGCUAGCCAGAUGUGGGCAUACUAUUACAGGGAAAGUUUAAAGGUCUGAUAACUUGAGAUAGGUUUUUAGGAGAAUUCAUCUACUUAGACUUUUUAAAUGCCUGCCAUAAAUGAAAUUGAAAUGGUAGAAUGGCUGACCACAGCAAUGACCAGCCCUCAUUAGGGCCCUGGAUGAUUUUUGGUCUAAUAACGCAUGCUAGUGUUGAUGUUUUUUGGUCAAGAGGGUAUGAACAGGAAGAAUUAAUGCAGCAGGCUUUAUUUUAAAUGCCGAUUUACAUUACUCUGUUCAAGCUGCGUUGAGAUGUUAAACUGGCUUACUAUAGACUUUGUAAAAAUGGCUCCAGAAGAGUAACAAACUGAAAUCUUUGAGAUCACACAGGUUGGAAAUAUGUACAUAACUGCACAAGGUGUCAAUUCUGCUAUACAGUGCAGUUUUAGUCAGUUUUAGUUGCAUAGGUUUCCAUUGUAUUUAUAGUCUGUUUAUGCUAAAUCUGGCCAAAGAUGAGCAUUGUCCACCACUAAAAUGCCUCUGCCACUUUGAAUUCUGUGCUAAUUUUGUGGCCAGAAUGCGGUGAUCAAAACGCUCAAUCUUUUUACAGUGGCAUAGGAAGAUGGCAAAAAUUUCCUAAAGUGCAAUAGAUUUUCAAGUGUAUUGUGCCUUGUUCUAAAACUUUUAUUAAGUAGGUGCACUUGACAGUAUUGAGGUCAUUUGUUAUGGUGCUAUUUCAAUUAGUCUAGGUUUAGGCCCUUGUACAUUUUGCCCAUAACUUUUUACAAAGUACUUCUUUUAUUGCACAUUCAGAGAAUUUUAUAUAUAUGUCUUGUGUGCGUGUCCUUAAACUUCCAAUCUUAUUUUGUCUCUUGGAGAUUGUUGAACGCAGCUUGUCUAGGAAGGGGAUGGGACUAGAUUCUAAAAUUUAUUUGGGACCAUGGGAAUGAUAGUUGGGAAGAAAACUAUUUGCACACGACAGAUUUCUAGAUACUUUUUGCUGCUAGUUUUAUGUAAUAUUUAUUGAACAUUUUGACAAAUAUUUAUUUUUGUAAGCCUAAAAGUGAUUCUUUGAAAGUUUAAAGAAACUUGACCAAAAGACAGUACAAAAACACUGGCACUUGAAUGUUGAAUGUCACCGUAUGCGUGAAAUUAUAUAUUUCGGGGUAGUGUGAGCUUUUAAUGUUAAGUCAUAUUAAACUCUUAAGUCAAAUUAAGCAGACCCGGCAUUGGCAGUGUAGCCAUAACUUUCUGAUGUUAGUAAAAAUAAAAUUGGCGACUUUAAAUUAAAUCAUGCCAAGGUUUUGAUACACUUGUCUUAAGAUAUUAAUGAAACACUUCAAAACACUGAUACGAAGUGUCCAGAUUCUCAGAUAUUGUGUGAGUUUUGUUUCGUUGUGUGUAUUUUUUUUUUCAGUGAAUGUCUGGCUCAUUGCAAUCCUCAAACAUGUGGUUAUCUUUGUUGUAUUGGCAUAAUCAGUGACUUGUACAUUCAGCGAUAGCAUUUGAGCAAGUUUUAUCAGCAAGCAAUAUUUUCAGUUAAUAAGGUUUCAAAAAUCACAUGAGUGGAUUUAAACUUGCUGAAUGUGAAGAUUGAACCUCAAGUCACUGUAGCUUUAGUAAUUGCUUAUUGUAUUAGUUUAGAUGCUAGCACUGCAUGUGCUGUGCAUAUUCUGAUUUUAUUAAAAUAAAAAGUUGAACUGCACAGUCUC